UUGCUGUUCUCAGUUUUCCUGAAGGCAGAAGAGAGAAUUUACAAUGGAAGUGGCCAACCAAUCAAUGGUGGCAGAAUUUGUCUUGCUGGGGCUUUCGGAUCAGCCGGAGCUGGAGAAGACGUUCUUUGUGCUCAUCCUCCUGAUGUACCUGGUGAUCCUGCUGGGCAACGGGGUCCUCAUCCUGGUGACCAUCUCUGACCCCCACCUGCACACCCCCAUGUACUUCUUCCUGGGGAACCUCUCCUUCCUGGACAUCUGCUACACAACCUCCUCCAUCCCUCUAGUCCUGGACGGCUUCCUCACCCCCAGGAAGACCAUCUCCUUCUCGGCCUGCGCCGUGCAGAUGUUUCUCUCCUUUGCCAUGGGGGCCACGGAGUGUGUGCUUCUGGGCAUGAUGGCGUUUGACCGCUACGUGGCCAUCUGCAACCCCCUGAGGUACCCCGUGGUCAUGAGCAAGGCUGCCUACGUGCCCAUGGCUGCCAGCUCCUGGCUGGCCGGUGGAGUCAACUCUGUGGUGCAGAUCUCCCUCGCAGUACAAUUGCCCUUCUGUGGGGACAAUGUCAUCAACCAUUUCACCUGUGAGAUCCUGGCUGUCUUGAAGUUGGCCUGUGCUGACAUCUCCAUCAAUGUGGUCAGUAUGGGGGUGGCCAAUGUGAUCUUCCUGGGGGUCCCAGUUCUGUUCAUAUUUGUCUCCUACAUCUUCAUCCUCACCACCAUCCUGAGGAUCCCCUCCGCCGAGGGCCAGCGGAAGGCUUUCUCUACCUGUUCUUCGCAUCUCACGGUGGUGGUCAUCUUCUACGGGACUAUUCUUUUUAUGUACGCAAAACCCAAAGCAAAGGACCCACUGGGGGAAGACAAGCAGGAUGUUUCAGACAAGCUCAUCUCUCUCUUUUACGGAGUGCUGACUCCCAUGCUCAACCCCAUCAUCUACAGCCUGAGGAACAAGGAUGUGAAGGUCGCCAUGAAAAACCUAGCGAGCCAGAAAUGCUUCCCCCGGUGA